AUGAUAUCCUUUGCAUCCCAGCCAUAGAAAACAAACAUCCCUCCUAAACACACAAUCUUGGCAUGUCCAACCAAUAGCAGUAGCCUCGUCCUUGAUGGAAAAGGGUGGGAAUCAUUUGUAGCAGGUGCAGUAAGAUUGAGCAAGCCAUAACAGUGUGCAAAUAAAAAAGGUGCACAUUAGGCCCAAACUGUUUUGUAUCUUUAUAAAAAGGGCCCAUUUGACAAAAACAUUCGUGAAAUUUCAUUUCGUCAUGUUUCCUGUGACCAAGGGUUUAAUCAGAAACUUCUUCAAUCCUCUCCCUCUUGUCGCAGCAGCAAUGGCUCCUUCUUCUGCCGUCGUUAGGGUCUACUCUUCUACCACUCCCACCUCUCCUUCCGAGGUUUCCGUCAAGAAAGUUGGUACUCAUAACGGAAGCUUCCACUGCGACGAGGCUCUCGGUUGCUUCAUGAUCCGCCUCUCCGAUAAAUUCUCCGGCGCCGAUAUCGUCCGUACUCGUGACCCUAAGAUAUUGGCAGAGCUUGAUGCAGUGCUUGACGUUGGAGGCGUUUAUGAUCCCCACCAUGACCGCUAUGAUCAUCACCAGAAAGGCUUUGAAGAGGUGUUUGGGCACGGAUUCAACACCAAGCUCAGCAGUGCCGGUCUCGUUUACAAGCAUUUUGGAAAGGAGAUCAUAGCUAAGGAACUUAACGUCGACCAAGAUCACCCUGAUGUCCUUCGCUUGUUUCUAGCUGUCUACAAGAGCUUCAUGGAGGCAAUUGAUGCUGUGGACAACGGAAUAAACCAGUAUGAUACUGAUAAGCCUCCUAGAUACGUGAACAACACACAUCUGUCUUCAAGGGUUGGAAGAUUAAAUCUUGAUUGGAUUGAUCCUGACCAGUCACAGGAGAAGGAGAAUGAGGCUUUCCAGCUUGCUAUGGCUCUUGCUGGCGAAGAGUUCCUCCAAAGUGUAAGGUUUCAUGUAAGAUCGUGGUUACCGGCUCGAUCAAUAGUGAUGCAAUGUCUUGAAGAAAGAUUCAAGACGGACUCAAGUGGCGAGAUCAUGGUAUUGAAACAAUUCUGCCCUUGGAAGCUUCACUUGUUCGAGCUUGAGCAAGAGAUGAAGAUCCAACCCCUCAUCAAAUACGUCAUCUACCAGGACGAGCGAGGAAAGCAGUGGAGAGUUCAAGCAGUGGCGGUUGCACCGGACAGGUUUGAGAACCGAAAGGGUCUUCCGGAGCAAUGGAGAGGACUUAGAGAUGAGAAGCUCUCCGAAGCUGCUGAGAUCCCAGGUUGCGUAUUUGUGCACAUGAGCGGCUUUAUAGGCGGAAACCAGUCCUAUGACGGCGCUUUAUCCAUGGCUCGAACUGCUCUCACUCUCUAAUUCAAAGCAUAGAGAGAGUAUAAAAGUACUUGUUUAUAUAUCGUACAAUUUCUGUUUUCGUUUGAUGAAAAUUGUCAUUUUUCUUGGAUGGAAUCGUAUCUUCAAUUAGAGAUUUUGAAUUUUUUAUUUCA